AGGACCUUAGUUUUGAAGGCGAGUAUUUGGCAGACCGUAGGGAUCCUUAUGUGUAUUUCCUUUUUGUUUGGUUCACCCUUACCGGCUUCCCCACGAGGUGAGACCGUGAGACGCCAAUUCAGCGAAGAUAAAACAGAAGCUGAAGAAAAAUGCCGCUUUAUGAUUGUAUGCUGUUGUUGAAGCCCCAUGUUAAUAAGGAGGCUCUGAUAGAUUUGGUUGCUCGGGUUGGAGGACAUGUUUACGCAAGGAAUGGUGUUCUUGCCAACAUUAAAUCUCUUGGUACUGUUCAGUUGGGUUAUGGUAUCAGGAAACUUGAUGGAAGACAUUACCAGGGUCAACUGAUGCAGAUGACAAUGAUUGUUACUCCAACCUUCAACAAGGAGCUACAGUACCUGAAUAAGGAAGAUCGGCUACUACGAUGGCUUCUAGUCAAGCACAGGAACACAAAAUUUGGACUGGAAUUUGUGGGCGACAAUGAUGGAAAAGGCGAUCUGAACAAGUUUCCCAGGAGCAGAAUGUAUGAUGAGGAAGAUGUUGAUGAUGAUGAUGACGAUGAUGAUGAGGAAUAUGAGGUGCAUGAAGAGGAGGCCAAGGAAAAUUGAACUGUGAAUCAAACUAUUUGAUAUUGCUUAGAUUCUUAACGAUUUUAUCCAUUUCAAAGUUGCUUCAAUGUCUUUUUGAGUUCUGAAUUUUCUGUAGCUUUGUGUUUGUGUUUGUUGUUGAUUGGUUUGUAAAUGCAUGAUUAGCAUAAUGCCUUGUGGAUUCGAUGAGCUAAUUUUGUUAAAUCUUUGAAAGCUUGGAUUUUAAAUAAUACGGAAAAUUCCUUCA